AUGACGGAUGGAGAUGAAUUUCAAGAAGCAAUGAAAAAACACAAUCUUCAAGAUGGAAACAGUCGUACACCAAAGCGACAGCAUUCAGGUGAACAUGAAACAAAAGAAAACGAAGAUAUAAAUGUACUUACCGACAAUGCACAAGAUAGUCCUUUUACUGUUGCCAAAAGACAAAGGAAAUCAUCGCGACGUAAAGUUAACGAUAACAAAACGGAGCAAGAUGACGUAAGACAGCUGAAUGAUGAUGUUAACAAUCUACAAGAAGAAAAAGAACAACAACAUGGACGUUAUGUGAAGAACGGAAAAAUAAAAAAUACCUCUCGCACAUUUGUAAAUGGAAACUUAACAGGAAUGAACAAACAGGUGACUCAUAAACCUAAACAAACAAGAAAUAAUGCAAAAAAUACAAAAAAGGAUAACCAAACUGAUUCAUCAAUUAAUCUCACACAUACCAAUGAUAUUAAUCAAUAUCAAAACACUCCUAUACUGGAUCAUCAUCAAAAGGAUGUUUCAAAUCAACAUAAAGCUCAAAUUUCUCAACAAACAAUUCAAUAUGCAAUUGAACAGCACCUUCCUCCAAUUAAAAUUAAUUGUGAACCAAAAGUUAAAGAGAAUAAAGAUGCAAUUUGUCUUAUCAAAGAAUUUUUCUCUAUCAUUGAACCAAACUUUCGGAAACUGAAUCCGAAAUAUUGUAAACCAAUAGGCUUUGAAUACUGGUUCAUCGAUCGGGACGGUAAUUUAUCGUGCUUUACACGUGAAAUCGAACUAUUCGUUUUUCUAUGUGAUGCCUUCAACUAUCCUGGUCAAGUGUUGAACACAACAUUUAAACCAAUUACACCUAAACGAUUACCUCCUCAAUGCUCGGUAUUAUUUAAAUUUGUAUCAAAUGAUGUUACUAUUGAUGAAUUUAAAGCUGAAUUAAUGGUACAAUACCAAUCAGUAUUUACAAUUGAAGAGAUGAGAGGUACUCGAACCGGUAAAAGUCGUCACAUACGUCUCGACUUAACUGAUCCCAAAGAAUAUUCGUGCCUACUCAACGGUGGUUCCUUAGCAAUAGCUGGUCAACUCAUUGAAGUAGCCGAAUUUUUAGCUCCACCUCGUUUACUUAUAUGUUCUCGUUGUAAUACACCUGGGCAUAUAAAGAAGCAUUGCAAAAUCGAUUAUGAUAGAUGUCGAAGAUGUGGUGGUGACAGAAGUCAAGGUGAUCAUUCAACAUGUACUCUACAAUGUCACCAUUGUAACGGCGAACACGAAGCUACAGCUUUUAAAUGUCCAGUUAUAAAUGAUUUUAGACACGAAUUAAUUGAACAACUCAAAAAUCGACCUGAUCUUCUACCUUGCAAUGUUCAACUAUUUAUUCCAACUGAAUUUAGGUCCAGUAGAAACAAAAACAAUCAUAUACUAACUAACAAUAUACCUAAUUCAUCAUCUCAACAACAACCGCAACAAAAAAAUUUCUCUUAUCAUAGCAACGUUUGGCCGUCGAUCAAUGGAAAAGAAAAAUCAACCACAACGUCUUCAUCAAUUAGCUGGACCUCUCUUCCUACUGACUCCAGCACAUUAUGGAACGAAAUGCUUAAAACUCAGGGUGAAUUCGACUUGCUCAAAAGAAAAUUUGAAUGCCAAGAACAAUUACUCUUAUCAAAAUUUAAUGAUCACAAACUCAAAAUGGGAUCGAUUCUAUCAUUAGUAUCAGUUCAAGUUCAACAACAACACGAAAGCAUAAACUCACUCUUUUCUUUCAUCAAGGAAAUCGUACCAAUGGUAGCUAAUUCUCUAGCUGUUUGUCAAAAACUGGUUAAUAAAGCUGCAGUUGUAUCACCUGAUCAAAAUGAAAAAAACGAAUUCGAACUACUCUCUCAACAAAUCCUCUCAUCAAUCACAUAUCUCAAUGAUCAAAAUAAUCACGUUACAAGCAAACAAGGCGAGCUAAUAAAAUACUUCGAAAAGAACACACAGAUGAUGAAACAAGGUGUUGAAUUAUUGUUAUCUAGUAAUGAAUAA